AUGGUUCGACAGACUGGCGCAAUAUGGUGCAACGCACACCACAGUGGCCUGAGAGGGCCUUUGCUUGCGCUUAUGGGACGUCUAUCCAAUUCGCACCACAGUAAGACCGUAGAAAAUCGGGCAUUUGAAGGCGGUUUUCAAUCGGCAGACACAGCAGACCCACAGCGCCGAGCCUCAGGCUUACCUGCUUUCUGUACAUUCAGAGCACCCUCACCACCACUUCCCUGGCCACCCUUUCCACCCAGCAAUUCCAUACCGUCCACACACUCUUGUUGCUAUCGACAUCCUCUACCACCCACCAUUUCGUCGAUUCACCUGCACCGAUUUACUGCGACUAGACGACUGUCACUCGUUGCGCCACUGAGACUGUCGCACGCGAGAUCCCGAGGACCAGUCGUCGCCGUCCUCUUUGUCGCGCCCUCACCCCGAAGCCAACCUGUCCGCCACCAGCCUUCACUCCCGCCCACCCCCAUUUACAGCCAUCGCCGCUGCCUCGCUUCGACAGCGCAAGCCAUGGCACAUGAAAUCCCUACCACGGCGACAUCACACCCCAACGACCCGAUUCCCUCGGACCCAACCCAUGAGAUCCCCCAACUCACACUGCGGCCAUCGGAGUCGCAGCCCCAGCCCCAGCCCCAGCCCGAGCCGACAUCGCCCAAAUCGGCGGGAGAAUCCAUUCUAUGGAGUGCAAACAGCAGCGAUGACAGCGAGGCGCCCAUGACGCCGACCACGGAGCCUGACCAGGCCGUCGAUGAGGUCGUCGAUAAGCUUCAGGAUCUGCCCACCGCUGCCGUCAAUUUUUCUGGCCAGUCACGGCCCAGGCGUGCCUCCACCACACUCAUCUCAGACAGUCCCACCGACAUCAGACGCAUCUUGGGCGAUGGCGAGACGGCCACCAAGCUCAUCAGUCAGUGCUGCGGUGGUGGCUGCUGUCUACUCAAGACAUUGGCGCCAGACACGUCGUCGCCCAAUUUUGUGCCUGUUGUCGUCCCCGAUACUCAGGCCUACAGAAGCCUCAAUCUGAAGCUGGGCCCGCUGGCUCUUGACAGCGAGCUCACCGACACGACACCGCUGCCAAAUGUGCACCUGUCCUUCGAGCCUCUCCCGUCCAAGGAGAUCAAGUACGUCUCCGAGGUACACAAGACGCCGCCCAAGUUUGUCCAGCCACACCCACCGUACGAGGUCUACUCGGCGCCCUUGUACCACGCCCGCGAGCUCACCAAGCCGGGGGCGGAAAAGAGGACGUAUCACUUCGACAUCGAUGUGACCGACUACCCGGAUGAGGGCGGUGUCGAUUUCAAGGUUGGCGGUGCCAUUGGCAUCUGCCCACCCAACUCUCAGGAGAUGGUCGACGAGCUCUUCGAUGUUCUUUGCGUGCCCAAGUUCGUCCGCGAUAAACCAGUCGUCCUCAGGACACAGACUGGACGGUGGCCGACUAUUUGGGGCGAGGAUCAAGCACGCGAGCUCAUCACGACACGUCGUGAAUUGUUGACAUGGUGUACAGACAUUCAAUCCAACCCACCCACCAAGAACCUCCUACGUGUCAUGGCCGAGUACGCCGACGCACCGAACGAGAAGAAGAUUCUCACCUACCUCUGCUCCGCACAGGGCCAAGCGGCCUUCUGUGACCUCCGCACAACCUCCCACAUCACCGUCUCCCAAAUGCUCAGCGCAUUUCCUUCCUCCAAGCCACCACUACCUGCUCUCCUCGCCGUCCUCACCCAACUCAUGCCACGCUUCUACUCACUCUCCAACGACCCACACAUCUCUUCCGCGCGUCCCGGCCUUCCCGGAAACCGCCGCCUUAUUGAAGUAGCCGUUACAGUUCAUGAGUCACCCGACUGGCACGCCGAAGGCGCUACUCGCACCGGCGCUGGCAGUGGCUUCAUGGAGCGCCAGGCGCACACGUUCAUCAGCGCGGAGAAUGAAGGCAUCGAUCCCCGCUCCAUUCUCGACCUGCGCAUCCCCAUGUUCCGUGGUCUCAUGGCCAAUCCAUUGUCCAAGCAAUUCGGCGGCGAAGGGCCCAUGGUGCUCAUCGGUGCUGGUGUCGGCAUGGCCCCCUUCCGUGGCUUCAUCCUCAACCGGUUGAAGAAUGCAAACUGCGCGAACAAAAUCUGGCUCAUCCAAGGUGUCCGCGAUUCCAUGCUCGACGAGCUAUACAGCGGUGAAUUGGGAGACCAUGAGCGCGAGAUUAAGAAGGUGGUGCAGAGUCGCAAGGUCAAGGCUGGAGGCAACAAUGAAGUCAAAUACGUGCAGGACGAAGUCCGCGUACAAGCAGACAUUGUCUGGUUCGUCAUCAAUGCGCUGGAUGGCCGCAUCUUUGUUUGUGGUUCUAGUAAGGGCAUGGGCGAGGGUGUGGAGGAGAGCCUCAUCGAUGUUGCCAUGACCAAGGGGCGUCUGAGCGAGAGUCAGGCCAAGGAAUUCUGGGCCAAGAAGAAGGAAGACGGGCAGUAUAUUGCUGAAACGUGGUAG